CGGCAGCGAUGCGAACUUCUUGCUAGCUCCAGAGCUCAAGCAGAAGAUGGAGGGCCAUGGCUUGUCGCGCCUUGUGGUGAUCUGGAAGCCGAAGAAAUUGCUUCCCAAGGAUUUCAAGGAACCAGAGCCAUUACCCUCCACGACGCGUCAGCUGCAUCUUUGGCGCGACAGCACCUCCUUUGGCAACGGCCCGCCCCUAUCCUACGAUCACCCAUUCUCCAAGCGAGCCCUCCAAGAGAUCUUCAGCGGCGAGGCUCCCUCUGGGCUCAUCGGUGCACAGCCCGGUGACAGCAUUGACGUAGAGCUACUUCCCCACCAGGAGGAAGAUUACGAGCCGCCGCUGAAUAGGGUAACUGGCUACGUCUCGACGAAGGAGAGGGAGUUUGCUGCUGUAUUCGGCCUCGAGAACGUUAAGCCGGCAAGCGUCGUUCAGCUGCAGCCCGUCCACGCGGCACAGACCGAGACUCACGUCGGCCUGGUUGUCGAGUACACCAGUGUUAUUGAAGCUGCCAGGGCGGUCGAUGAGCUGCGUGUCGCAUCUCCCAACAGCAUCUUCGAGUUCAUCGCCGAUCCUGCCCUCGAUGAGACCUUCAUUUUCAAGGGCCCGCCGCCGCCGCCGAUUCCCGAAUACCUGAAAGGCGCACCGCCAAAACCCGACGACUUCCCUGCGGAGAUAAAGGCCAGAGAGAUAAAGGAGAUCUCAAAGCACAUAGGGGACAAGACUCUCUUCUGGGAGAAGGUCUUGGUCGUUUAUAAGCAGCGCAAUAUGUCGAAGGAGCAAUUCCCAGCAGAGGAAGCGAGGCGGGCUGCGCAAGGCGAGACUGUGGAGAGAAAGCAUGCCGACUGGGUUUGUCUUGCGUGCGGGAGAUAUAACUUUGGCAUGGUCAAGAGCGAGGAGCAUUUCUGCUAUAACAGGGAAUGCGGGAAGGAUUGGCUUCAUACGCUUGCACACCAGAUUGCUGAAGCGAAGGCCAAGGAAGCGGAGCUCGGGCAAGAAGAGGAGGAAGAGGAGGAGCAGAGCUACGUGGAGGGCAACGUGGUCUUCUUGGAGAAGCCCAUGAAGACACCAGGACUUCCGCUGAUUGAGAUGUUCUCUUCAUGAUCGGCUCCACGCUACGGCUUCUUGCGGCUUACCCUUCCUCCGGCUGGAGCUCUUAGUUCUUGGUUUCCGGGGGUAGUUCCACAUUUGCCAGAGAUUUUCUUCGGCUUCUCUGUGUUCUCUCGUGAAGAUAAUUUCGCCAGUGUCAGCUCGG